GUUUCCUGACUCGGUGAACCUGACAGCCGCCGUUGUCCGGGACCAAAGAGCGUUGAGGGUUGCAGUCAUGUCGGCAGCUGCUCCGGGGACCAGCAAGGCAGCCCACAGCGAUGUGGCCCCGAAGAAGAAGAAGGGACCCGGCGCCCUGGCUACGGCCUACUUGGUCAUUUACAACGUUGUUAUGACAGCAGGGUGGCUGGUGAUAGCUGUGGGUCUGGUCAGAGCUUACCUGGCCAGAGGAAGCUACCAUGGGCUGUACUACUCCAUAGAGAAGCCUCUGAAGUUCUUUCAGACUGGAGCUAUCCUGGAGAUACUGCACUGUGCUGUAGGAAUCGUACCGUCCUCUGUGGUGCUGACUGGGUUCCAGGUCAUGUCCCGGGUCUUCCUCACGUGGGCCGUCACACACAGCGUCAGGGAGGUGCAGAGCGAGGACAGCGUGCUGCUGUUUGUCACAGCCUGGACCGUCACAGAGAUCAUCCGCUACUCUUUCUACACCUUCAGUCUGCUCAAUCACCUGCCGUACCUCAUCAAAUGGGCAAGGUACACCUUUUUCAUUGUGCUGUACCCCAUGGGAGUGACUGGGGAACUGCUGACUAUCUAUGCAUCGCUGCCGUACGUGCAGAAGACAGGCCUGUACUCUGUCACUCUCCCCAACAAGUACAACUUCUCCUUCGACUACUACACCUUUCUCAUCCUCAUCAUGAUCUCCUACAUUCCCCUCUUCCCCCAGCUUUACUUCCACAUGAUUCGACAGAGGAAGAAGGUGCUGGGCCACGUAGAGGACUACAGCAAAUUGGAGUGAGCUGAACAGUAUUCAGACGGAUGUGACGGAGGGAAAAAUGAAACCAAAACAACCAACAGAAGAGGAACAAAAUCAUGUCUGCUUAUUGAAACACUAAACCCGACCAGUUUUCAAAACUGCCAGAACUGACCUGGCAGAUGAUCCAAUUAGAAAGCAACGUUUUGUUUUUUUUGUUUGUUUUUUUCCAGCUGUUGUCUGGGUUGUAUAGAUGCUCACAAAUAAUGAACGAACUGGUGUUAUUUUCUUAAUUUUUUUCUUUUUUUUGUUGUUUUUUUUAAUUUAUGAACAAACUGUUAGUUUUGUAUAGUCAGAGAGGUUGCAGCCACAAAGGAACUGUAUGUCGCCUUGGAUACAGUUGAGCUGCUAAUCUGAGCAGUGAGCAGAACUCAGUCACAGCAAAACAUUGAACUAAACCAUGCACUGAUAGAAUCAAUAACCUCCUUUUAAAUGACACUAUAGGAAAUCCCUAAUGGAUUUCUCACCUCCCCAUGGCUCGUCCUUUUUGAUAAGCAGCUUUCCUUUAUUACACUGUAGAAAGAAUAAUGUGAAGACUAGUAGGUUGUCUCUAGGUUUUGCAUCUACAGUGUGUUUGUUGGUGCAAACUAUGGUCAAGAUUUGUCCCCUUUUUUGUUUUCUUUCAUUCAUUUCAGUCAAAAGUUUGAUUACAUUCCUAAUUUAGUCCAAUAAACCUUUUUCAUUCUGUG